GGGGGCAAUCUGGAAAUAUUCAUGGUUGAUAUCCAGUGUAUUGCGUGGCAAAGAUAUUUUGCUGCCUCUUGGAUUUUUUUUCAUCAAUGAGGAUGGGGGUCGCCCCGUAAAUCCUCUCUUUUGCACGCACGCCCCUGAAUAGAGUAAAACUUUAUCAUAGUCGCAAUGGAAAUCAGUGUAUCUCACAAUUUGCAUGGUGGUCGCGCCACUCAUUAUUCGUAUUUUUAUUAGUAGUAGUAAAAUUUAUGAGUGUUAUUUAUUAUUUCUUGUUAUCCAUUUCUUUUAUUUCAUUUUACUGUAUAUCGUAUAUACUUCCAAAGUACCGAACUUGUGCCGUGAUCUGCUUCUGCGCAUGCGCGACAUCACCCAAACAACAAUGGCGCUCCGCUGCGGCGCUGCGCGUGUAAAAGCACUUAUUAGCACCCGUCCGUUCUUCAAAUGUGCUUCGUUUGGCCCCCGCUCGUUUGCUGACCACGCGUCGUCCCCAAAGGUAGCAAGCAACGCCCCAGGGAUCUCGCCUGACCAUGUACUCUUCACGCCAGAGCACUUUGCGUUAAGGGACUCGCUCAAAAAGAUCAUCGACCAGGAGAUCAACCCGUACGUGGAUCAGUGGGAAGCCGAGGGAAAGUUCCCGGCGCAUAAAAUCUUCAAGAUCCUCGGAAAUGCCGGUUUUCUUGGAGUCAACAGGCCAGUCGAGUAUGGAGGCAUGGGACUGGACUUCAGCUACAGCGUAGCAGUGUCCGAGGAACUGGGUCACAUCCGCUGCGGAGGCAUCCCCAUGGCGAUCGGCGUUCAGAGCGACAUGGCUACGCCCGCGUUGGCCAGGUUUGGUUCGGCCGAGCUCAAGAAAGAGUUUCUGCUUCCGAGCAUCUUGGGGGACAAAGUUGCCUGCCUCGGAGUUAGUGAAGUCGGAGCAGGUUCUGACGUAUCCAGCAUUAAGACAAAGGCAGUGAGAAAAGGAGAUGACUAUGUGAUCAACGGCGGCAAGAUGUGGACCACCAGCGGCACCCAGGCGGACUGGAUGUGUCUCCUCGCCAACACCAGUGACGGACCCCCACACAGGAACAAAUCCCUCAUUUGUUUGCCCAUGAACCUGCCAGGAGUGCACGUCGCCCGGAAGAUCGACAAGCUGGGCAUGUGGUCGUCGGACACAGCCGAAGUGUUUUUCGAGGAUGUGCGAGUUCCCUGCAAGAACGUCAUUGGCCAGGAAGGAAUGGGCUUCACCUAUCAGAUGCUCCAGUUCCAGGAAGAGAGGCUCUGGGCUGUGGCCAAUAUCCUGACUACAAUGGACGUCGUCAUUAGGGAGACCAUCCACUACACUCGACAGAGGAAGAUCUUCGGCCAUCCGGUCCUCUACCACCAGGCGGUUCAUUUUAGGCUGGCCGAGCUGCAGACGGAGGUGGAGCUGCUGCGCGCCCUCCUUUACCAGGCCACAGCCUUGUAUAUCAAAGGCAAUGAUGUCACCAAGAUGGCAUCCAUGGCCAAAUUAAAGGCGGGGCGUCUGGCCAGAGAAGUGGGUGACUGCUGCCUCCAGUACUGGGGAGGAAUGGGCUUCACCAGUGAUGUGCUGGUCAGCAGAUUCUACAGAGAUUCCAGGUUAUUGUCCAUCGGCGGAGGGGCAGAUGAGGUCAUGCUCGGAAUCAUCUGCAAAUACAUGGACAUUCUACCCAAGAAGUGAUUUCGUCAAUGAUUUUCUCUUCGGUUCGCUUGAUAACGGCAACUCCUCAGACUCAUUUUGACGCGCAACAAAGCUAAUCACCCAAGUGCUGUUAUUUAUCAAUCGAUUCGGGUCACUUUGGCUAAGCGAGGUUUGAAGAGAAUGUUCGUAUUUAAAGGUGCUACGUGAAUAAUUCAGUGAAUGUUUUAUUAAGGCAUCCAAUUUGCAUUAUGUCAAUAUUUAUUCACGACCAGGCUUUUUUUUGGGAAGAGGUGACAUCUGUUUUGUCAGUACAUUAAAAAAAGUCGAAUUUAAGGACAUACCUGAUAAAUGUUUAUUGGUUAAAAAGAUCAUAAAAUAUUUACAUUGCACAUCUAACAUUUCUGCCCCCGACCCCCAAUGUGCCCCAGAUAUUGUACACCCACAUAUAUACGCAUUAAUUGCUGUGAACAGAUAAUCUAAAUAUCUCUCGGAGAGCAUUGUGUAACUUAGGUGCGCUCAAUGUGAAGCACAAUAAACAGAUAAGAGCAUA